AUGACAGUAACUCCGUGGAAAGUCAACACCGAAAAGAACCAAGAGUUGAUUGAAUUUGCUCGUACUUGUCUAAACCAUACUCCACAUGACGAUGACAACUAUCAGCGCAUGAUAUCGGGCAUGCUGUACAACCCAGCAGAACAACAACUAACUAAAGUACGAAUGGAAAUUAGAGACUACUUGUUAGACUACGGACAAUUCAGAUUUAGGAAUUACGCAUCCGCUGAUGAAUUUGCCAAUGCUAAAAGGGAAUAUCUUGAAAAAUUCAUUGGCCAUGUGGGAACCGGAACAUUUAUGGAGUACCCCAUUUAUUUCGAUUAUGGAUUCAAUACGUAUUUGGGUAAGAACUUCUACAGCAAUUUCAAUUUGACGAUAUUGGAUUGUUCAGUGGUCAAAAUUGGUGAUAAUGUAUUGUGUGGCACAAAUGUUUCAAUAUUGACACCCAGCCAUCCGAUCGAUCCAAAUUUACGGGUGUACAGUGCUGAGGCGCAACCGAGGAAAGAAGAAGAAGAAGAAGAAGAAGAAGAAGAAGAAGAAGAAGGGGAGGAGGAGAAUGCGGAUGGGGGAGAUAAGGGCGGUGAUGAAAAAGUGUUGGAGAAUGCGUUUCCUGUGACAAUUGGUGAUAAUUGCUGGCUUUGUGGCGGAUGUACAAUAAUCGGUGGGGUUACCAUUGGCGAAGGCUGUGUUAUUGGUGCUGGAAGUGUGGUGACCAGAGAUGUUCCUGCUAAUUCGUUGGUGAUGGGUGUUCCGGCAAGAGUGGUGAAGAGGAUGGAUCCUAAGGAUAAGUCUAUCGAUUUGAGACAGUUGAUGAAGGAGUACAAGGUGCAAGAGUAUGAAACUGCAGCAUACAAUGUCAAUUGA